AUGAUUAUCACACAAACAGUUGGAGAAGAUAUACGAUCAAUGGAAAUGUCUUUAAUAUCUGAUUCAAAAUUUCAAUGUGCGAAUACAACUUGUUUACCAUUCCUUAAUGUUAUUACAUCAAACAUUAAGUAUUGUCAAAUAGCCUGUUUAGGUCAAAGUCAAUGCACAGCAGCCACUUUUCAUCGAUCAACUUCUGAUUGUGAAUUAUUUGCUGGUAUGUGGAACCAAAAUGGAAAUAUAUUGGCUGAUGUCGACACUACGAGUAUGAAUGUUAUUAGUGGAACACGAUUUCCAUCGGGUCAGUAA